UGCGCUUUGCGACAGCGCCGUAAGUGCGCGCGGGAGCGGGAGCAUGGCGUUGUACGCAGCGGCGGCGGCGGUAUUGGAGGGCGUGGAAAACCGCAAGGGCUCCCUCAAGGGGCUGGUGUACACCAGCAGCUUCCAGCGUGUCUCUUCGGCCGCGCAGAACGUGAAGCAGCUGUACGCGCUGGUGUGCGAGACGCAGCGCUACUCCGCCGUGCUGGACGCGGUGAUCGCCAGCGCCGGCCUCCUCCGCGCCGAGAAGAAGCUGCGGCCGCACCUGGCCAAGGUGCUAGUGUAUGAGUUGUUGCUGGGAAAGGGCUUUCGAGGGGGCGGGGGCCGAUGGAAGCCUGUGCUGGGCCGUCACCAGGCGAGGCUCAAGGCUGAGUUGGCUCGGCUCAAGGUUCAUCGGGGUGUGAGCAGGAACGAGGACCUGUUGGAAGUGGGGUCCAGGCUGGGCCCAGCCUCCCAGGUGCCUCGCUUCGUGCGAGUGAACACUCUCAAAACCUGCCCCGACGAUGCAGUGGAUUAUUUCAAGAGGAAAGGUUUCUCCUACCAGGGCCGGGCUUCCAGCCUGGAAGACCUACGGGCCCUCAAGGGGAAGCACUUUUUUCUGGAUCCCUUGCUGCCCGAGCUGCUCGUGUUUCCUGCGCAAACAGAUCUGCACGAACACCCUCUGUACCAGGCGGGUCACCUCAUCCUGCAGGACAAGGCCAGCUGCCUCCCGGCUAUGCUGCUGGCCCCACCACCUGGCUCCCACGUCAUCGAUGCCUGUGCUGCCCCAGGAAACAAGACCAGUCACCUGGCAGCUCUUCUGAAGAACCAGGGCUCUGUCCUCUCCCCCAGGAAGAUCUUUGCCUUCGACCUGGAUGCCAAGCGGCUGGCGUCUAUGGCCACUCUGCUGGCCCGCGCUGGGGUCUCUUGCUGCGAGUUGGCCGAGGAGGACUUCCUAGCAGUGUCGCCCUCUGACACACGUUAUGCCAGGGUCCAGUACAUCCUGCUGGACCCCUCCUGCAGUGGCUCUGGCAUGUUGAGCCGGCAGCUAGAGGAGCCCGGCGCAGAGCUGCCCAGCAAGGAGCGCCUGUGUGCCCUGGCAGCGUUCCAGCUUCGAGCUCUGUGCCACGCGCUCACCUUCCCUGCCGUGCAGCGCCUCGUCUACUCCACAUGCUCCCUGAGCCAGGAGGAGAAUGAGGAUGUGGUCCGAGAGGCUCUGCAGCAGAGCUUAGGGGCCUUCCGGCUGGCCCCCGUCCUGCCCUCCUGGCCACACCGAGGCCUCGGCACUUUCCCGGGGGCUGAACACUGCCUCCGGGCCUCUCCUGAGACCACACUCACCAGUGGCUUCUUCAUUGCUGUGAUUGAACGGACAGAGGUGCCCAGCUCAGCCUCACUGGCUGAAGUGCUGGCACCGGAACCUGCAGCCAGCCCUGCACGGAAGAGGAGGAAGAGGCGGCGGAAAGCAACGGCUGGUGAGGGCACAUAGCAGAUGCCAGUCGGCGGUGAGAACUGCAGGGAAGGCAGCUGCUGGAUGGCACACUGAGCCCUGGGCUGCGGCUGGGAUCUGGAAGUGGAGGGAAGCUGCCUGGCAGGUGGCUUCAACUGCUGGAAGGACAGGGGUGUCCUAGCCCUGUGGCUCCCUCCCCUGGACUGUGUUUUUGCUGGUGACAGAAGUGCUGCCCACACAAAUAAAAAGACAGGACAGUCUA